AUGCGCCUCUUCCGCUCCGCCGCCGCGGCGGUUGCGUCGUGCGCUUGGACGGCAGUCGUCGUCAUCCCCACCCUCUUCGACUCUGUCCACGCAAGCUCGGUGGCUCGAAACCCACUCACGGCCCUCGAGGUCCUCCGCAACCCCACGAUCCAUACAUACAAUAACCGCGUUACCGCCCUGUCGGAAUUCGACCUCAGCUUCGACCUUUUCAACGACCAACGCGUGCGCCUCGCGCUGGAGCCCAACCAUGACAUUAUCGCAGAAGGCGCGACAAUUGAAUAUCUCGGCGCCGACGGCGAGGUCACCCGCCGCGAAACCAUCGACCGGCUAGACCACAAGGUCUACAAGGGCCGCGCCUGGGUCAGGAGAGGCGACUCCAAAUGGGUGGACAAGGGUUGGGCUCGCCUCACCGUCCACCGCGAUGGCAAGCACCCUGUCUUCGAGGGUGUGUUCAGCGUGGAUCACGACCACCAUCACGUGCAUACCGCUUCCAACUAUCGCGCGACCAAGCACCUUCUGGAUCCGGACCUGGAGCAUGCCGACGACGAGUACAUGGUGGUAUGGAGGGACUCGGACAUUUCGGAAACGGCCUACGACCACGAACGCCAGGAGCUGCGCCGCGACCUGGGCUCGGAAUUAGCGUGCCACUCGGAUAGACUGGAGUUCAACAUGAACAUGGAUCACCCUGUUUACGGCCAGAUGCUGAAGCGCGAGGAGGGCUUCUGGAACACCCCGAUCAGCUCGCUUUUCUCCAAGCGGCAGCUCGACUCCACGCCUGGUUCUGGAAACUCCGCGGGUGUCAAUUUAGCGUCUACCAUCGGAUCGACGGCUGGCUGUCCCACUGCACGCAAGGUCGCCCUGGUUGGCGUCGCCACCGAUUGCACAUACACCCAGGACUUCAAUUCCACGGAAUCCGCUAGGGCCAACGUGAUCAACGUCAUGAACUCCGCUUCUGAUCUUUACGAAUCAACGUUCAACAUUACUUUGGGCCUUCAGAACUUGACUGUGAGCGAAGCUAGCUGCCCUGGAACUCCUCCGUCGAGUACCCCUUGGAACCAGGAUUGCUCCGACAGCGUCACUAUUCAGGACCGCUUGAACUUGUUCUCCGAAUGGAGAGGUGCAAGGCAGGACACCAAUUCUCACUGGACCCUCUUGACCAAUUGCCCCACGGGGCAGGCCGUUGGCCUUGCUUGGCUUGGACAGGCGUGUGUGCAGGGGUCCAUGAGUGAGAACUCGACCAGCGGCAGCGAGACUGUUGCGGGUGCCAACGUGGUUGCGCGGACACCCACUGAAUGGCAGGUCAUUGCUCACGAGACUGGUCACACUUUUGGUGCCGUGCAUGACUGCACCUCCUCGACUUGUUCCGACAGUAGCACCGUCAGCUCUCAGCAAUGUUGUCCGCUCAGCUCCAGCACCUGCGAUGCCGGUGAGCAAUUCAUCAUGAACCCGUCUACUGCCCAAGGCAUCACCAAGUUUUCGGCGUGCUCCAUCGGAAACAUCUGCAGCGCCAUGGGCCGCAACAGCGUCAAGUCCACCUGCCUGACAAAUAACAAGGGCGUGACGACCAUUUCUGGCCAGCAAUGUGGUAACGGCAUCGUUGAAGAAGGCGAAGAUUGCGAUUGCGGCGGCACGGACGGCUGUGGAGAUAAUCCGUGCUGCAAUCCCACCACUUGCAAGUUCCAGAACAGCGCCGUCUGUGACGAUUCCAACGAAGAUUGCUGCAAAGAUUGCCAGUUUGCAUCGUCGAGCACUGUGUGCCGCGACUCGACCGGUGAUUGCGACCCCGAGGAGAAAUGUACAGGCGACUCGCCGUACUGUCCGGCGGACACGCAUUCGGACGACGGAACCGGCUGUGGCGAUGGAUUGAAAUGCGCCAGCGGGCAAUGUACCAGCAGAAACCAACAAUGUCAGUCGGCACUGGGAGCGUACACGCAGGGAUCCAACGACACGUACGCCUGCGACAGCAACACGUGUGUCAUCAGCUGUUCCAGUCCGGAGUUUCCCAACGGGGUCUGCUACAGCUUGCAGCAGAAUUUCCUGGACGGCACGGAGUGCGGCGGUGGUGGACAUUGCAGCAAUGGUCGUUGCUCCGGGUCCGAUGUCGGCAAGGAGAUUGGCAACUGGAUCAGCCGCAACAAGGGCAUCGUCAUUGGCGUUUGCGUCGGCGUUGGGGUCCUGCUCCUCCUCUCGAUAUUCGGAUGCAUUUCUCGCAGCUGUCGCCGGCGCCGCAUGCGGGCUCGCGCCAAAGCCGCCGCCGCAGCCGCUCCCUGGCCUGGCGCCCACGUCGGCAGGGCCCCGCCCCCUCGCGUGCCUCCGCCGUGGGCUCCUGGCCCGCGGGGCAUGGGCAUGAAUCCGAACGAGAGUCAACAACCCUUCAUGGCGGCGCAUCCCCCCCAAGGUGGCGCCUGGUACGGUCCUCCGCCUCCGGCGUACAGUGGCCCUCCACCUGUCAGGUACGCGUGA